GUUUUCAUGACGCUAGCGGAAGCGCAGGAGUUCUGUGAUCAGGACGAAGUAGCAAGCUCCUCCGGACUGUUGUACGGCUUGAUGUGGUUCUUCAAAAACCGGAAAGCUAGUUAG